AUGGAUUCCCCCGCCAAACGACGAAAAACUAGCGAAUCUACAGGGGCUGCUGUACCUCCAAACCUAGGUCCAAAUGUAUCAUGGCCAUCACGCCGACCCUCCUUCCAAUCCCCCACAAGGGCCAGUCUUGCGCGAUCGCAUCCAGAUGUGUUAGAGCGUGCGCUUAGCAGAUCUCCCAUCCGAAGGGCUUCAAGCAAAGGACCUGAACAGACGGACUCUCGAACAUUUGGACUGCGGGAUCGCAAAGCCCUUCGACCUUCGUUGAAUGCUUCCGCAAGCCCUCUCACUAGGCCCCGAGCAUCCGAUGCGCCAGAAGGAUCCCCCAACAGGCGCCCAAGUGGCAUACAGGCGUUCUCAAAGCCACCUCGCCGAAGUUUGAAGAAUAUUAUUCCUGGAGAUUUCAUGUUCGGGUCUCCAAUUCCACGGUCGAAGGUCCCCGACUCAAACACACCCGAAGGCCAAUUGGCAAUGGAGUUAGACGACGCUACACAAGAAGCAGAUACGGACAUGGGCGAUCAUGGCCCAAUGAUGGGCGAGGAUAUGCUUGAACCUGACCUUCCUCCCACCCCAACUCAACUCGGGCUGGAAAAGGCUCCAGAUCGGCCUAGAGGGAUGAUGAGCAGCAGCCCCAGCUUGCGACAGGAGAAACGGAUGAGACGACGAGAUACAAUGCCGUUGGAUGAAAGCCCUUUGAAAGCAGUCAAGUAUCGAUCCAUCACUCCUACAGAGUCAGAAACAAGUUUCCAUCCGGAACUGUCUGUAGCUGCGCAAGAAAAAUACAAGUCGCGCAAGACAAGUGCUGCAGAAUUGCAACGACUUAAAGACGAGGUUGACGAACUGGAAAGAUGGGCAAGAAAAAUUGAGUCCGAAGAUAACCUGAAAGGCGACAGAGGACUAGAUAGACUCCUGUCAUUGCUCACAUCAGAAGAGGCGAACCUCGAGAGCCUACCGGUUCCUCGCAUAGCCCCAAAGCCAAUAUCUUCUAUUCUCGCCACUCUACUUCCAUUCUCCUCGAAUAUACCUCAACCUAAACAACAGACAUCACUGCCAACAAAUCCAUUCGCUCUACAAGAAUCCUCAAAGGCACUACCAUACCUAACAGUAUUUGCACCACUGAGUCUCAAAUCCCGCACAAAUCGAUCCUCACGUAGAGAAGAGCCAUCAGAAACACACACUCUGACCUUCUCCGCCCCGUCUCCAUUCCCGUCGAAUAUCUACAAUGCGACGGUAGUCUACGAGACGAACCCAGAGACCCAAACUGUGGUGUCCGUGUCCGUUCCAACUAGCAGUGACAGCAAGAAAAGGAAAACGCCCGAGGCUCUCCGCCAAUGGAUUGAUACACGCCUAGACAAUCCCCUUUUAAAGUUGGACGUGUCCACCCUCUGCUGGGGCAUCAACCGAUACUGGGAGUGCUCAGUUACGCGAGCUCGGCUGUGGGCACACAUCGAUCACAAAUACAGCAACCAGGGUCUGCGUGGUAACAAAGACCCGUUGCCGGAAAAUGAGAACGGAGUUCUCAACAUGUCAGAGCUACGCCGACUAGUUCCUCAUCUAAACCGGAGUACAAUGGCCAUCAAACCCAAGUCAGCAGGCUCGGGUCCUCGUGUGCUAUUGUCCAUUACCUUAAGUCUGGAUGAUUGGACUGGAGAGCCACAACUUCGACCUGAGAUUAGUGUCUCAUUGGCGGGUGCAGAUCGAAAGAUCGACCAAGAGAUCAAGAAGUUGUUCCAUGCGUUGCUUCGUGGGAGUGGUGAUCUGGCCACGAGUGGCGUGGAUUCUGUAUUGAGAGCCUCUGAAGGUGCUCUCGGUGCGUUGUUUGGGGGUCUUUGA